AUGGCCUCGGCAACAGCAACCUACGGACAGAAGGAGUCUUCGGACCAGAACUUUGACUAUAUGUUUAAGAUCCUCAUCAUCGGCAACAGCAGUGUGGGCAAAACCUCCUUCUUGUUCCGUUAUGCCGAUGACUCCUUCACACCGGCCUUUGUCAGUACGGUGGGCAUUGACUUCAAGGUGAAGACCAUCUACAGGAACGACAAGAGGAUCAAACUACAGAUCUGGGACACGGCAGGUCAGGAGCGUUACCGCACCAUCACCACGGCUUACUACCGAGGAGCCAUGGGCUUCAUCCUCAUGUAUGACAUCACCAACGAGGAGUCCUUCAACGCCGUCCAGGACUGGUCGACCCAGAUUAAGACGUACUCGUGGGACAACGCCCAGGUGCUGCUGGUAGGAAACAAGUGCGACAUGGAGGACGAGCGAGUGGUGAAUGGAGAGAGAGGCCGGCAGCUGUCUGAACACCUCGGUUUUGAGUUCUUCGAGGCCAGCGCCAAAGACAACAUCAAUGUGAAGCAGACCUUCGAGCGCCUGGUCGACAUCAUCUGCGAAAAGAUGUCGGAGAGCCUGGAUGCUGGAGAUCCCGCCGUCACAGGGGCCAAACAGGGGCCCCAGCUGACAGAGCAGCCCGCUCCGCCUCACCAGGACUGUGCAUGUUAA